UCUCUCUCUCUCUCUCUCUCUCUCUCUCAAGAAAAAAGACUAGAGAGAAGGAAGGAAAGAAACUAUGGGUUUUGGUGAAGCUAGAGCUCUAGUCUUUGUGCAGCUCUCAGUUCUUCUACUGAGUUGCUUCACUGUGUUUGGAAAUGUAAUUGAUGUUUUACCCCCAAGCUCUCCUCCCCACCACCAUGUUCACUAUUCACACCCAGUAGCUUCCCCUGCACACCCACCAACACACCACCACCACCACCACCCACACCCACACCCACACCCUCCUACUGCCUCCCCGGUUCACCCACCGGUUCACUCUCCAACCCAUUCACCGGUCCACCCUCCAACCCAUUCACCAGUUCACCCUCCAACCCAUUCCCCGGUCCACCCACCAAGCCACCACCACCACCAUGGCCACCCACCGGCUCAUCCUCCUACUCACGUCCCGGUUCAACCCCCGAGUCACCCUCCAACCCACUAUGCACCACCGGCUCACCCACCGAUUCAGAGCCCAAGCCACCCCCCGGUUCACCCUCCGCAGUUCCCGCCUAAGAAACCUUUCCCAAGGAGCUUUGUAGCGGUGCAAGGCGUUGUUUACUGCAAGUCUUGCAAAUACGCCGGCGUUGACACCCUCUUGGGCGCCUCCCCUGUUCUUGGAGCUACUAUCAAGCUACAGUGCAACAACACCAAGUACCCAUUGGUUGUGAAAACCAACACAGACAAAAAUGGCUACUUUUUCAUCACAGCACCCAAGACCAUCACCACAUUCGGAGCUCACAAGUGCAAGAUCUUCCUCGUCUCAUCACCCUCUGCCACUUGCUCUAAGCCCUCUGAUCUCCAUGCCGGUUUGAGUGGUGCAGUCUUGAGGCCACAGAAGCCUUUCAUGUCCAAGAAACUCCCAUUCCUUCUCUACAAUGUUGGCCCAUUUGCCUUUGAGCCCAAAUGCCAUUAGUUUCUUUACAGCUUGUGUGUUUUGUACUGAGUCUUUGUCUAGUUUUCACCACAUAAUCCUUGCAUAAUCUGCCAUUGUUAGGGUUUUCCCCUAACAAUGGUUUUUAAUUGUACUCUGUUCUUAUUUGGCUAAAAAGAAAUAAUGGGAUUUUUAGAAUGGUAAUGUUGUGGUGUACCCUUUGAAUUAUUAAUAAUAGAAUUACCUAUUUUAACUUGUA